GGGCGGCGGGGGGGGCUGGCGGCGCGGCGCGGCCGGUUCCAUCGGCGCGGCGGGCGCGGGGGCACCAUGAGGCGGGGCUGAGGCCGGGCCGAGGCCGGAGCGGGAGCGGCAUCGGGACGGACACCGAGCCCGGCGGGCCCGGCGGCCGCGCCAUGCGAGCGGGCUGAGCCGCGGGCAGGGCCGGGGCAGGCACCGAGCGGCCUUCGUGCGCCGGGCAGAGCGGGCGAGCAGCGGGGGCGGCGCCUCCGGGUCCAAGGUGCUGGUGUUUCGCCCUGUCUGAAGCCUGAGGUCCCACGUGCCCAUCCGCCUCCCGACGUCACCAAUGCGACCAUGGGAACUGGCAGUGAAUAGGCGGCCUCCCUCUGCCCCUUUUAACCAACGCCGUUUCUCAGGGGGACCCUGCAGCAGCCCCGACCACCUCCGGCGAAGCCCCCCUGCCAGGCGUCAGUGGGGACGACGCGACCGACCUCUGGCAACCCUGCUGGGCCAGGAUGAGACCCAGCUGCACCCUGCCUUCCCCCAGCAGCCGCACCUCCCUGUAGAUGAGCCCCGCGCCUACGCUCUCCCCAGCACACCGCCACGAAUGCUUCACCCGGCCGCACACCCGCCCCACCAGAACCCAUUCAUGGUGGAUCUGCAUGACCAGGUGCACCAGGGACCUGUCCCUCUCUCCUACACGGUUACCACCGUCACGACGCAAGGCUUCCCCAUCCACACCGGCCAGCACAUCCCUGGGUGCAGCACCCAGCAGCUCCCAGCAUGCUCAGUGAUGUUCAGUGGACAGCACUACCCGCUCUGCUGCCUCCCACCCCCGCUGAUCCAGGCAUGCGCCAUGCAACAGCUCCCCGUCUCCUACCAGACGUUUCCCCCCAUCAUCUCCAGCGACCAUUACAUCCUGCACCCCCCGCCGCCACCGGUGCCCCCCCACCAGCCACCCCACAUGGCCCCCCUGGGGCAGUUCGUACCUCUCCAAGCCCAGCACCCGCGCAUGCCUCUGCAGAGGAUAGACAAUGACGUGGACCUGCGAGGGGAGCAGCACCCCAUCGCGGGCUUCACAUACCCCCCGUCCCACCACACUCCCGCAUUGUCCCCCUCCGUGCCGCUGCAUUACCUCCCCCACGACCCGCUGCACCAAGAGCUGCCAUUUGGCGUGCCAUACCCCCACAUGAUGCCCCGGCGGCUGAACGCCCAGCGGUACCGGCUGCAGCAGGCGCUGCCCCCGCCGCCGCCCCCGCCACCACCCCCUCCAUACUACCCGAGCUUCCUGCCCUAUUUCCUCUCCAUGCUUCCCGUGUCGCCAACGGCCGUGGGGCCCACGAUCAGCCUGGACCUGGACGUGGAUGACGUGGAGAUGGAGAAUUACGAGGCAUUGCUGAACCUGGCCGAGCGGCUGGGGGAGGCCAAGCCGCGGGGACUCACCAAAGCAGACAUCGAGCACCUCCCGUCCUACCGCUUCAACCCUGAGAGCCACCAGUCCGAGCAGACCUUGUGCGUCGUGUGCUUCAGCGACUUCGAGGCACGGCAGCUUCUCCGCGUCCUGCCCUGCAACCACGAGUUUCACGCCAAGUGUGUCGACAAAUGGUUAAAGGCGAACCGCACGUGCCCCAUCUGCCGGGCGGACGCGUCGGAGGUGCAGCGGGAGGCGGACUGAGGCUGGCAGACACUGUGCCGCACAAUUCGCUAGAGGAAGAGGACGUUGGGCCAGGGGUGGGGGCCGCUUGCCCGCUGCCAGGGCCUGACCGUGCGCUUACCCCCUUCCCAAAGCCUCUCCUCGGAUGUGGUGAGAAUUGAGCAAUCCGGGACCCCGGCCAGUCCUCCUCCUCCCCGCCGUGGCACGGACUCGGCCGGACGCCUGCCCGCUGCGCUCCCGGGGCCCCGAAUCGUGUUGUGCUGGUGGCGGGAGGCGCGUGGCCGUGUUCUCCGCGCUCCAAAGACGCUGUUGUUGCUCCAUCGCUUUCCAGGUCUUUGUACUGUUAGGGACUUUUUUUUUCUUUUUUUCUUUUUUUUCCUUUUUUUAAUGCUGGUACACUUUUUUUUUCCGUUUCCUUUUCUUUUCCGUUGUGUUUUUUGGUUUCGUGGCCGUUCGGCCCAGCGGCGCGCGGCUCCUCCCCUCGGCGUUGCUCACAGAGGAAGUGGGGAGGAAGGAGGAGGAAGCAUCGCGGGUUUGAUGCCGGCAGCCGCCCCAAGCCGGAGCGCUGGGCGGGCGCCCGCGGCUGGACCGGCCCCGGGGGCAGCCGCAGGAGUUGGUCAGUGGAGCGCGGCGAAGGUGGGACACCAGCAACCCAAGGCAUUACUGGGGCGCGACCGCGUCCGUCCCUCGCUCCCGCACAGAGCCCGGCGCAGCCCCUCUGCCCGGCCCGGCUGCUCCGGGUAGCCCAGGAGGGCGAUGGCAGCUUGGUUUCUCUCCCAGACUGGAGGACGAUGCUCACGCAGCCCCAGCCCCUUUCCCUGCUCCCUCGUGCCCAGCGAGAGCCAGUGCAGCUCCCAGGGCUGGGGGCAGGUCCCGAGGGGCAGCCAGGCCCGGGGGCUGCGAUGAGGCCCCGGCCCAUCCCCCAGGCUCCCUGCCAGGCCCCCCUCGCCGCCGGUUCCCGGUCCCGCUGCCACCGGUGGAAAUGGCCCCACACGCAAGCUGGCGACCUCGUCCUGCUGGCUGGACGGCGCCGAGCGUCCCGAGCCAGUGGGCAGUGGGGGGCUGGCAUGGCUGCAGCCGGGGGGGACCCCCUCUCCGACCCCCCCCCCCCCCAAAAAUCCCCCCGAAGUUGGGGCUUUUUUUAAUCCGUAACCUUGUGGUGUAUCUUCCCAUCGGGUCUCGAGUGGCCCGUUCAGCGCCAACCCCCUCUCCCUGCCCCGGCCGGCACCGAGCACGGGGCCACACGGGGGAACCCUGCCCUGGGCCGCCCGGCUCCGGCCAUGGCAAUGGCCCGUCAUUGCUCGUAUGCACCGGGGGGCCGGCGGCAGGGUGCGCGGCCCCCCCCCCCCCCCCCCCGCCCCCGCGCGUCAUCCCGCCGGCCCGAGGCAAGGGAGAAGCCACCGACCCGCCACCACCCGGUUCCAGAAAUUCUUAUCGCCGAAGUUGUUUUGCAUGAUUAAUUAACGAGGAGGAGGGAGGGGGGGAGGGAGGGGAAGGAAAGACGAGCCCUCCCUUAACGGUGUGUGUUGCUGACGCGUGGGAGACUCCGAGAGGACGCCAACCCUAUGUAAAUGUUCACAAAUAUGCAUGCAUGUAUGACCAGCUUGGAACGUGGUAUUGGCUACGUCUAGCCAGCUGUGGGGUGAGGGGGGUGGGGUGAGGGGUUUUUGUGCUCAGCUGAUACUGCCAUGCACUGUACUGCACAUGUCCGCAACGCCACAGCAGGACCGUGAGACUUUCAGGGCCGUCCCCGCAGGGCCUGCGCCCCUCCGGGCCGGAGGCGGCGGCCAGGGGCGCCCGCGGCGGUGGGCGGCGUGUGCAAGGGGCCGGGCGCCGUGGGGCUCCCCUGGCCCGGCGGCUCCCCGCGGGGCGGGGGGCAGGCGGCGGCGGGUUGGGGGUCCGGCCGCCAUGCUGGGCGCGAGGCCCUGCACGUGUGUAGGUGGACCAGUGCCACCCUGCCACCGCCCCAUUGGUCCGGGGAGGGGGGUGCCAAGCACAGGGCCACUGAGGCGCACCUGCUGCUGAUUGGUGGAGACCCAUGCACCCUCUCUGCCAAUCAGGGCGCCUCUUCCCACGUGCUGGUUGGCUGGUGCCGGUCACUGCCCAGCCAAUUGGGCGUGGGGGAUGGCAAGUGCCAUGUUUUUAUUGGGUGGCUCCCCCUUGCCUCCCUUUCCCGGCCAAUCCGGCGGUUGCCCUCCAUACAAAAUGGCUGGCGCAGCAGCACCAUGGGCCUUGGCGUGGCCACGCCGCAGCCAGGGUGCCGCUGGCCCCGCGGCGGGCGCUGGCACCGCUGGGCUCGGUGCCCUCGGGCAGGACCCCAGCCCCCUCCCCGUCCCUCGCUCAGUGACAGAUAACCAAAGGAGUCCCCGCGCCGCGCGGCGGCCCAGCCCGCAGCCGGCCUCGCGCCCCCGGAGACGCCCCUUCCUCCCCUCCCGCCCUCGUGGUGCCCAGGGAGCCAGGAAAGCCUUACGGUCCUUUGACGGCGACUCGAAAGCUCACAGCUCGUGUGCUGCAGAAUUUAUUCCAAUGAGCAGCUAAAGUAUCAUUUAAAAAAAUAGAAAAAAAUACAAAAAAAUACUAAAAAACAAUUAUUUAGGGUGUUUGUGAUUGCUGACUGCGCUGUAGAUACCACUGUUUACCAAUGAUUUCCUGUGGUGGGAUAGUGGACUGUUUACUGUUCUAUUAUACCAGUCCCCGGGCCCUCCAGUGGGAACGCCGCGGCCCCCCGCGGGUCCCUGGAAGGUGCUAGGACGUGUGUUCUGUGUUAGAAAGUUUUUAUAUAUAUAUAUAUAUAUAUAUAAAUAUAUAUAUAUAAUUUUUUUUGCUCUGUUACUUGCACAUUUUACAGUUACCUCAUUUUUCCCAUGUAUGUAUUUGAAAAAAGGCUAAUAUAUAGAAAAAAGGUUCUUAAAGCUCUAAAAGUGUUUGUUUUUUUUCCAUUCCAUUGGAAUCAUAUUGGUUUUGUAGCAUUUAACAUAACUAGUAUGUUGUAUUAUAUAUAUGUGUAUUAUACUGAUUGAAAUUUUUAACAGAUUUGUACUUUUUUUAAAAUGAAAGUUGCUAGUUCUGCUUGACCAAGUAGUGCAAUCAUUAUUUUUUUUAAUGUUGUGGCUGAUUUUGAGAGGGAUAUUCACUAAUAAAUGUAUGAUGUAUACCAA